AUGUGCUGCCGAUCAAACACUCGAACACUAGAACUUUCUCUUCAUACUUUAUCAACAACAAAUCCCUUCAUUUACUGAGGCCGAGCGGGAUAACAUGCUUCACCCGUGAGCAUCUGAGCGCAGGACUCUCAUUUAUUCUUCACUUCUAUUUAUUUGUCAGAUUCGAUCAACAGGUGACUCGCGUGAUGCCCAGCCAGACUCUGCGCCCGCGUCUCUGCGUCCUGGAGAAGGGCGAGAACGGGUACGGCUUCCAUCUGCAUGGAGAGAAGGGCAAAAGCGGCCAGUUCAUCCGCCUGGUGGAGCCCGACUCCCCCGCCGAGCUGGCCGGUCUACGCGCGGGGGACAGGUUGGUGUUCGUCAACGGAGAGCGAGUGGAGAGCGACAGCCACCAGCAGGUCGUGGCGAGGAUACGCUCCAGCGACGGGAACCUGGAGCUCAUAGUGGUGGACGUGGACACCGACCAGCUGCUGAAGAAACACGAGCUGAAGUGUUUGAAGGAAUUUGUCACAGAGGGGAUUCCGGUGCCCGAGUGUGAUGAUGAGCCCGAGAUCAGCGAUGAGAUGAUGCGGGAGGACACUCCGCCUCCGCCGCCGGUGCCGGAGAGGAAAGGAGAAAUCAUUCCCGUUCACAUUCCCGUGGUGGAGAAACUCAGGACAUCAGUGAGCUCAGAAACGGACUUGAAGCUCCAUCUCAGACCCCGGCUAUGUGUCAUUAAGAAAGGCCCCAGUGGCUUUGGCUUUAACCUGCACAGCGAAAAAAACAGGCCCGGCCAGUACAUCAGAGCUAUAGAUGAGGAUUCGCCAGCACAGAGAUCCGGCCUGAAGCCCAAAGACCGGUUGAUACAGGUCAAUGGGGUUUUGGUGGAGGGGAAACAGCAUGCUGAGGUGGUGGCCACUAUUAAAGCCGGGGGUGACAACACGUCACUCUUGGUCGUAGAUCCAGACACAGAUGCUUUCUUCAAGAAGUGUCGAGUGACACCCAGUGCGGAACACCUCACAGGACCGCUGCCUGAACCUGUGGUCAACGGAGACAUGGAGGACAAGGUUAAUGGAAAUGUGGCCAAAGAGGUGGAGCUGAAGGACUCAAAGCUAUCAAUCAGUCCGUCCCCAUCCAACGCAUCCUCCAAUGCCUCCCUCACCACUCCACCCACUGGGACUCCGCCCCCUGAGGCCGUAGAGGCGUCCAUCAUAGAUGCCAUCCCAGAGCUCAAUCUGUCCCUCCAGCAGGUGAAAGAGCGUGCUCACCAGAAACGCUCCAAUAAGAAAGCUCCACCCAUGGACUGGAACAAGAAAAAUGAGCUCUUUAGUAACCUAUAGACCUCCGGUCAUGUGUCCACCCAUUGAUCCAUCCAUCAGCUCUGUUUAAGACUUGAUGAAACAGAGCUGAUCUUAUAAUGAGGUUAAAGUCAUCAAUAAAGUAGGCUCACUAUGAUGUAUGUACAGUGUGUAUAUAUACACACCGAUUUCUAUGUAUUCAGAAUUAUGUAUUUGAAUUACUAACAGAUUCUAUUAGAUGACAUCAGCUACAAAUGGAAUGUAACAUUCUAUGACUGUGAUGUAUUACAAUCAUUGGCUGUGUUCAGAAUGGAGUACUAACUCACUGUAAUAUUACUGCUCACUGAAUACUGUACAUUACACACUGUAUACUGCGUACUGUUUUAGAAUUUAGUAAAACAGUAGUAGAAGUGUUAUGCUUUUAUGCAUACAGUGGUAUGCUAUAAUGUUGUCACACAACCAUUACUUUGCAUGUUUAAUUUAAUGAGCAGCAUCCACUUAUCAUGUUGAGAAUAAAGUUUAUUUUGUAUUCAAUUUUGUGUAAAUAUGUUUUUAUAGGGUUUGGCAGUUUGAUUAAACAAUAGGUAGAAACACAUGCCUGUAAUUCCAGUUCAUUAGCAAAUGGAAAGACAAGUCACGCUGCAUUGUGGGAUACAGUACUUCAGCAACUUGUGCACACUAUACAUGACAUAAAUAGUAAUAUUACAUUAGUAUGCUAUUCUGAACAGAGCCAUUGUACCUAAUCCAGCAGAUUUGACAUUGAGCAGAUUUGAUUCUGCUGUGUGUGUAUGUUUGUGUUUAAGGAGUUUUGGUUCUAGUUUGAUUUCUGACUGAUUUUUUUAAGCCGCUCUCAUUUCUCUACCUGCUGAGAAUCAUUUCAUUGUUUUAUAAUGAAGGACCAAAUGAAGAGUAGAUAGAAGUGAAUCCUGAACUCCUGACUGUCAGCCAAUGAGUGUGCUUGAUCAUUUUGAAUGACUGAAUAUAGUAAUCUCGCUUUCUAUUAUAAAAAGAUUUCAGCACACUGAAAUCUAACCUGCAAUGAAGCAUUUUCUAUUCAGUACAAUAUUAAAUAAAAAAUAAAAAAUUACUAGUGGCCUGAGAUGUUUGAAGCCCACUGUAUGUUUCUGCUAGUGUAUCAUGAUAUGUGUUCUAAUCACUGAAGUUUUCUGAGUCACAUUUGUUUUUGUUUUUCUAUGUAGUACAGUGUUGACAUGUCAUUACAUAAUCUGCACUUCUGAUCAUUGUGACAGUGUGACAGUGUCAUGUCCUGUAUGUGUGCACAUGUGAAUGUUAUUUCUAUAUGUAACAAUACAUUUUGUUCAGAAAA